GCUGAAAGUAACUCUGGCAUGUAGCUAACGAACUGCAUCUCUAUACCAUACCCAACAAGUGUCAGUUGAACAAAAAUUUGCAUCAAAGUGCGUAAUUUUGUGGGUGCGUUUCCAUUCAGCCGUAUCAAAUUUUGGGCUCAAUUUAAAAGCCACUCGCUCAGGCAGUCCACAGAAGCAAGUCGCACUCCGUUAGAAGCAAAAGGGCGAGCAAUAAAUACGGAAUUCCGAAUAAAAGCGCUCCAUACAACACAGAAGCAGCGCGAGAGCAACAACCAGCAGCAGCCGCUGAAUAAAAGCCGAUUGUUUGCUACAAAUACCAGAUAAAGAUCCCCGAGCGGAAACACUAACCCAUCAGCCGGCAAGAUGAGCUCAACUGUGAAAUUGGGAGACAUUUCCGCCAAGUUCUCGGAGGCGACGCUGGACGAGAUCUUCCAGAAGGCGGGUGGCACCAAGUACACCUCGUACAAGUUCGGUCCCAGCGGCAAGAAGGGCGAUGCCUACUUGAGCCGCGUCUUUCGCAUCACCAUCUUUGGCGUUAAGGCAGGCCAAGAUGGCAAGGAUGUGGAGCUGGAGGUGAAUACCAUCGUCAAGGCCAUGCCGGACAAUCUGCACAGGCGUCGUCUGUUCCGGUCUGUGAUAUUCUUCCGGAACGAGAUCCAUUUCUACACGAAGGUCAUUCCAGCCAUUGAGGCCUUCCAGGAAGCCAGGCAGCCCAAACCGAAUAAUCCCUUUGUGGAGUACGCCAAGUGCUAUGCCUCCUUGUGCGAUGGCAUCAAUGAUUUCAUUGUUCUGGAGGAUGUGGGACAACGCGGCUAUAAAGCCCCUGUUCGCCAGGACUACAUUGCUCUGCCGGAUGCCCUGCUCACGAUGCGCGCUCUGGGGCGCUACCAUGGCGUGGCCCUGGCCUUCAAUGCCUUGGACCCGAAGAACUUCGAGAAGGCCGCCUCGGCUUUGGAAGAGACCUACUACGGGGAGCACACCCGCGAGUGGUACACCGGCUUCUUGGGGCUGGCCGAGAACGUCGCCAAGGAUGCCAUUGCCAAGACCUAUCCCAACACCAAGUACGAGACGAUUGGCAACAACUUCCUGCAGCCGUCGCUCUUCGACGAUUUGAUAGACCUCGUGUCCACGCGCUCGAAGCUGAGCGUGUUCGGGCACGGCGACUGCUGGACGCCCAACUUCCUCACCAGCUACGGGGAUAAGGGCCAGCCGCUGAGCAUUAUCAUCAUCGAUUUCCAGCUAGCACGCUGCUCCUCACUGGCCCUCGACCUAAGCUUCUUCAUCUACUCGUGCACCAGCCAGGAGCUGCGCGAGAAGCACUAUGAGGAACUGCUGCGUGCAUACCUGGACAGUGCCCAGAGCCUGAUCACCGAUCUGGGCGGCAAUGCCGAGUCGAUCAUCUCAUGGGAUUCGCUAAAGGCGGAGCUUGUUCAGUUUGGUCGCUUCGGCUGCGGCAUGGGAAUUGAAUCGCUGCCCAUGACCAUGAUGGAGGACGAAGAGGUCGCCGAUCUGGAUGCCAUCAAGGAGAAUGCCAUUCUCACCGACAUCUGGAACAUUACGCCCUUCAAGGAGCCCGCCAAGCAGCAGCGUCUGGCCGACAUCUUCAAGCACGCCAUCGACCAGAACUACAUCAAAUAGAGUGCCUCGAUUGUAAGGAGCACCAAAAAGAUCAAAGGCAGUGGAGGACAAUGAAAAAGGGCCCCCAGUAUUAUUGACUACAUAUUCUACCCAACAUCAUAUCGCACAUCGUAUAUCCUAUCUAAUAUAAUGUAAUUUUUUACGAAUUUUACGAAAUAGAGUGUCCCAUUAUAUGGACUAUAGUGUAAUUGCA